UUGAUUGCAUUUUGAUUUUGAUUUUGAAUCUUGUGAUGUAGCUCAGUAGCCAGGGAGUGCUGGGUGGAUCUUGGGGGUGGCAGAAAAAGAUGGUAUAGAGAGGCAGAAUGUAUUUAGAGAAUUAAAACUGGGGCUACAAGUGAGAACUUGGAGGGACAAUUGUGCAGCAAGAGAAGGACAAAGCUCUCUCAGAAAAGUUUGCAUUUCGAGGUUGGGAUGAUUUUUGGGGGGAAGAGGAUGAUGAUCCUGGGAGGGGAUCCAUAAUGUGCUGCUCAGCUGAUAAAACACUCUACAAAUAGUUUGUUGGAAAGGGAGAAUAAAGUAGAAGGAGACAAGAUGUCUGCAGAAAUUGAACAUCUAAAGAAGGCGGAGACCCUUAGUGUUCAAGAUGAACCGAAAAGGCAACCGACACACAAAAUGGCAGCCAAAGAACAGAGACGUGAAGCGAUGGCCAGUGAAGGUGGAGAGGUCCAUGAAAUCUCAGCCCAACAAGAGGCACAGUAGGAAAAGAGGGAGAAUAAAUGCCAAGCGUGUGGUAAAAGCUUUUGCACAAAGUCCCGUCUUAAUGUUCAUCAGAGAAUUCACACAGAGAAGAGACCCUAUAAAUGCUUGGAAUGUGGGAAAGGUUUUAGACAAAGUGGACACCUUUCUCAGCAUCAAAGAAUGCACACGGGAGAAAGACGAUACAAGUGCUUGGAGUGUGGGAAGAAUUUCAGUCAGAGCACAUAUUUUAUUCUGCACAAAAUAACUCACACAGGAGAAAAACCCUUUACCUGUCUAGUGUGUGGGAAGAGCUUCAGUCACAGCAGGAAACUUGCUAUACAUCGCAACAUCCACACCGGGAAGAGACCGUAUAAAUGUCAGGAGUGUGGACAGAGCUUCAGUCAGAGCACACACCUUACUUCUCAUCAAAGAAUCCACACAGGAGAGAAACCGUAUAAAUGUCUGGAGUGCGGGAAAUGCUUUAACCAGAGUACACACCUGACUUUACAUCGAAGGGUUCACACAGGCGAGAAACCUUAUGAGUGUCUGGAGUGUGGGAAACGCUUCAGUCAGAGUCCGCAUCUCACAUUGCAUCAAAGAAUUCACACGGAGGAGAAAAUGUAUAAGUGCUCUGAGUGUGGGAAGAGGUUCCACCGGAGCGACCACCUGGCUGCUCAUCUCAGAAGUCACACGGGGGAGAAACCGUAUCAAUGCUCAGAAUGCGGAAAGAGUUUCAGUCGAAGUUCAAUUCUCACUAAACAUCAGAGAACCCACAAAGCUGGGGAAACUCCCUUACAAACACCCCCAACAGCUGAGGCUUUGCUUUGAAAGUUCUGGGACUCUGAGGCUUGGGAGAAAAGAACAAGACCUUUUUCUGUUGUAACAUAUUUCAUAUUCUGAAAAAUUAGGGAAAGCAUUCAGAUAAGAAAGUUCUCUAGUUCUUGGUGUCAGUUCUAUUCUAAACCAUGCUCACGUAGGAGUAUGUGAUAUUGCUCAACUGAUCUUUGGAGAAACUUGUAUUGGAAUUGUGGAAUUUUUUUUAAAAAAAUUCCAAUGUUAAUUAGAAUUAUUGAAGCUUAGAAUUAGCAUUUCAUGUAUAUUGCUUGUCUUUUCUGAUUCCAAUGAACAUUCCCGCCUGUUUGCCCACUAAAUAGAGUCAAGCUUUCUAAAAAUCAGAACAUGUCACCCUUUCACCGUCCCAUAGUCUGCUGAAAAAUGGGAAAGAAUUUUUUUCUCCCAAUGUUUUACAUUAAUUGAGACAAAAAGGAUCACAAUGGCAAACAUUAGUAGAUUUAUUUGGAUUUUUCGUCCUGUUUGUUGUUGGAGGGGGAGAAAAACUGAAACUGUAAAUGUGAAGUUGUUUGCAGCUGUUCAGAUGGCAAUGUUGUUGAAUGCCUGUGUUGUAGGAACAGUUAUGUGUGGAUGUAGUUAGUGAAGCAGACUAAUCUCCUUUCCUCAUUUCGCUUAAUGCAUGCCCACCAAGGGAUGUUGGAGGGAGCUGCUGUUUGCUUUGCCUCUGGUAGGCAGGGCCACACCAUUUGCAUUAUUUUCUGUGCAGUGUUUCUCCAGCCCUCUUUCAUCAACUCAAGGCUAAUGCUGCUAAAAAAAUCCUCCAGCUAGGCAGAGGAAAAGGAAGAAAAGAGGGGCAUGAAACAAUUUUGUGAAAACGAGCUUCCUUGUCUGGAGCUUUGUCAGUUGCAGUAUGCCUUAACCCUCUGUUUCUCCCUACAAAAUGGCAACAGGAAGUGAUGCAGUCACUUUCAGUCACCAUUUUGAAGGAGAAAUGGCAGGAAAACCAGGUAUUUUGGCAUACUUGAGUAGGAGUUCAUGCAGCCUGCAAAGAGAAGGUUGGGUGAUAGAAAACUGAUUCCAACGCCACCACAUAGUUGCCUAUUUUUUUCUAUCUUCUGUCCCCUGAUGUGUUAGGAACGUAACAUAUUAGCCAUUCUCAUUGUAAAUUGUGGGUUUUGCAGUACAUGGUAUUAGGAAUGCACCAGAUUGGGAAAUGUUGCUUUGAAUUUAGACUGAGGCACUGGUAAAUGAUGACUUGCUGUCCCAAGAAGCAGUUGUGGCAAGACCCCGAAGGGUCUCUCCAGCUGACUAUCUCAAUGCUCCUGUGAUCCUUGCAGUUGUCAUUCCCCUGCUUUCUGAUCUGUAGUGCCUUGGAAGAGAGCUAGUGGUGUAGUGGUCUGAGCAUAGGACUAGGAUUUUGGAGAUCAGGGGUUUAGAUUCCCACUUAGCGAUGGAAACUCUUUGGGUGACCUUGGCCAAAUCACACUCUCUCAGCAUCGAAGAAGACAAUGGCAAACCCCCUCUGCCAAGAAAACCCCAUGAUAGGGUCACCGUACAUCAGAAAUAACUUGAAGGCACACAACAAGAAGUGCCUUGGAAACUCUUCAGCUGGGGCACUGUCUGGCUUAAAAGGUAGUUUUUGGGGGGGCAUCACAUUGGCAGAGGAAACUACAGGAAAAAAAGUGAUAGCUAUGGCUGAUGAUGGAGGACCUCAACCAAUGUUUAAGGAAAGAUAUAAAGUUAAUGGUUGGUGAAGAUGCAGGACAGAGCCUUCUCAGUGGCUGCUCCUAGGCUGUGUAAUUCUCUCCCAGGGGAGGCUCCAUUGCUCUCUUUGCUCAGAAAAAUGCUUUUUAUUAAGGCAGGCCUUUCACUCUUAGUGCUUCAAUGUGGUUAUAUGCUUUUGUCUUGUCAUAUUUUAAGCCGGUUCUAAGCCGUUUUAACUUUAUGCUUUGAAUAGAAUUGUAUGUUUAAUUUUUAAAACUUUUGUAUACUAAGGGAUUAUUCAAACAGUAAAAAUAAUCUGGGUGAAACGCUGUUUUUAAAAAAGAUUUGCAUCGUUGGCAACAUGAAUAACUGAUGCGAACAGACUUGAGAUAAACUGCUAUAAAACUUGCAUGCCUUGAACAUAUUUUGGAUACAUCCUCAUUGCUGACUCCAUCUUUAUUUGAGUGCUGACAUGUGUGAAUAACUGAAUUCACAGAGAUGUGGUUCCAUAGUAUGAACAACAACUUCACUGUCACUUGUAAAUUUUGAUUUUAACUGUAAUUUUAAUGUAUUAAAAUCAGAGAUAGGUUUUAAUCCCACCUUGGUCCACCUGGGAGAGGUGGGAAAAUACAAAUAAAUAUUAUUAACUAUUAUUAUUAUUACGUUAUGUGCAAUUCCCUAAUGUGUCAUGCAGUUCUCAGGUCCAAAAAUGUGUUCAAAAAUGCCUAGUUCAGGAAACGUGUAUUCAGAAAUGCACAUAAAUGGGUAUUGUUGGAGACACUGUAGUAAGCUUCCUACUGCAUGUGGUGGCCAUGGUUUCCAUUUCUGAAAUUUGGUAUUUGCAGCAGUCAGUGAAAUUACAUCACAAACUGUUUAUCAUGAGUUGGAACAGCUUUGUUGUUUGCCUUCAAGUCAUUUCCUAUUGAUGGUGACCCUAAGGUGAACCUUUCAUGGGGGUUUCUUGGAAAGAUUUCUUCAGAGGAGGUUUGCCAUUGCCUUCGGCUGAGAGU